AUGACUCCACCACUAGAGGGCGGAAGUGCCAAUUGGAACCGGAAAAGAGAAGUGUCUGCCAGCGGAGUGCUCAGUAUGGCAGUGCCCUUCGUGCAAGACUGGGACGUUGUUCAGACUCUUGGAGAAGGAGCUUAUGGAGAGUUCGGUUGCGGUUUAUUAGCAAAGUUGCUGCUGUCAGACCCUGACAAGAGGAUUACGAUUUGUGACAUAAAAAAUGAUCGCUGGUUCACUCAAGGUGUGAAGUUGCUGCCUCCAGGAAGCAAACAUCUUCGCACAGAUCCAGCCCUAUCCCGGGCUAAUAGUGAUGACCGAAUGCAGUUUUCCAGCUCUCAGCCCGAUUUUGCUCCUGGAAGCUGUGAGAACAUCUUUAACGGUCCAGGCGAGGGUCUGGUCAGUUUUUCUCAACCAAUUAAACCAGAACAUAUGCUCCUCGGGAGUCAACUUCUGGGCACACCUGGGGCCAGCCAGAAUCCUUGGCAGAGAUUAGUGCGGAGAAUGACGCGGUUUUUCACUAAUGUGGACGCUGAUGCUUCACUGUGCGCCCUCAAAGACAUCAGUGUUAAUUUAGCUAUCACUUUUAAAAUCACCUGCACCAAACAGGUCACUUUGAGUACACUGGACAGACGUAACAACAAACUCAUUUUCAAAGUUCAUGUGUUGGAGAUGAAUCACAAGGUGCUGCUGGACUUCAGGCUGUCGAAGGCAAACGGGCUUGAGUUCAAACGUCUUUUUGUUAAGAUUAAACAGAAACUGGGUGACAUCAUCAGCACACAGAAGGUCCUGGUGCCUCUAAACUGA